GUUAGCUUGACACAUUAAUUGUACAUUUCCUUUAUUUUCAUCUGUUCCAAAUUUAAGGUUAAUUGCUUUUAUUUGUUUUGCAGUAGCGAUUGAAGAUGAGUAGCGCCAUCAAUGCGAAUCUGAAGACAAGAACGAAUCAAAAAGUGCAACAGAAACCGAUUCAAAAGCAGCCAGAGAAAGCAACGAUACAAAAGCUGGAGUCGAAGGACGAGGAGAAGCAGUUGCAGGCGCUGAAGGAGCAACAGCAACAAGGCGACAGCCAAGUGGUGAACAGUUUCUGGACAUGCGAUGAGCUGUUGCAAUGCCUACCGCAAGUGUUGCAGCUGCGCAAGGUCUUCCAGCUGUACGUUCAAGAUACAAGCAACGUCAUCGAUGUGCUCAAGGUGUCCGAGUGUUUGCAUGCGAUGGGAUUGCGUUGCAGCGGCGUCACACUCAACGGUUGCCUGGCCGAGCGUUUGCUCCAGUUUCCGCCGGACCGCAAGCCGCCGAAUCGUGUCAGCUUUGAGCUGGUGCUAACGCUGUACAGCCAACUGGCCGAGGAGUUGCCCAUCGUGUCAUCGGUGCUGAUCAAUGGUCUGCGAUCGUGUGAUGGUCAGAGUGCGGGUGUCAUGCCGUUGACCAAACUGCGGCGUCUUCUCGUCGCGAUGGGACGACGAUUGAUUGAGUCCGAGAUCUGUGCGCUGCUCGAUGCUCUGCAGGAUGACAAGGGCAAUGUUAACUAUGUGCGGCUGUUGGAGUCGAUCUUUGCGGUCGACCUGCAGGCGGUGAAUAAGUUGCAAGAGGUGCGUCUGUAUCUGGAUGCCGUUGGCAAGAAUGCCAGUCACAUGGACAUGCGUAAGCGGGACGAAUUCAUUGCCACACUUCGCAACUUGGAUGCGAGUGGCAGCGGUUACAUUGCCGCCGAACGUUUGCUGCAGCUCCUCAAUGCGAAUGGAGAUCGUUUCACCAUCGCCGAACUUGCCACGCUCACGCGAGGCAUGACCAACUGCAAGAAGCAGGUUGACUAUCGUCUCUUCCUGCGUCUCAUUAUGAAUGAGUGAAACACGUCUCUUUGGUAGUUGAUCAACAUUGUAGUAGUAUUAAGGUUUAGGAUAAAUCCCGAAAAGAACUUUGUUCGCUUAGCUGUUUUGAGUUCGACUUUCCAUCCAUAACCAGGCCAGUUAUCCUUGCUUAAAGAUGCGUUUGUUAUGUACAUAUAUGGUUCCGGAUGAUUCUCAAUUCAAAACUUGUGUUAUCCAACGAACAGUAGCAACUAUUUCUUGAGAACGUGAACGUGAAGAAGAACGCGCAUAAUUCCAAUAGUAUUGUAAUGAUUUUCAGAAGAAAAAGUAUUUCUAAAAACCUCAACCAAAUUUAUUUGAAAUGUUAAAAAUGUAUGCAAUCGCAUAGCUG